AUGCCUACUACCGUCCUGCUGGCGGACGACCACCCGGCGCUGCGCGCCGGGUUGCGCGCCUGGUUCGCCGACUCGCCGAUCGAAAUCGUCGGCGAGGCCGAGAAUGGCGCGCAAGCGCAACAGCUCGUUGAAGAGCUGCGGCCUCAAGUGCUGCUCCUCGAGGUGCUGCUGCCCGGUGUCGAUGGUUUGCAGUGCCUCGCCAAGUUACGUGACGCGGGGAUCGAGACCCCGGUCCUGUACUACACCGCCCACACGAAUCCAACGUACGCGGCCAGGGCCUCCGCCCUCGGCGCCGCCGGGUUCUUGCCGAAGUCGACGAGCCGCGAGGAGCUCACGGCCGCGAUCACGACGAUCGCCUCGGGCGGCACGAGUUGGCCCAGCGACCUGGCGCGCCGGCUCAGCGGCCCGGCGGCGACGUCGCAGUCGCUCAACGGCGUGGCCUCUCCGCUCACGGCCCGCGAGGACGAGGUGCUCAAGCAGCUCGCCUUCGGCCUCAGCAACAAAGAGAUCGCGCAGGCGCUAGGGAUCAGCUAUGAGACGGUCAAGGAGCACGUCCAGCACAUCUUGCGGAAGCUGAACGUCGCCGACCGCACCCAAGCUGAGUCUUUCUGCGGGAGACCGCCCUGCCCCUUUAGCCGACGAGCACCGUUGCCCGACACCGUUGCGAGCGUCGAAUCGUACCGCGAGCUCUUGCAGCAGACGCGCGAGCUGUACGUCUCCAGCGCUCAGCAGAUCGUUCGCGAGCAUCCCGAGCUGGUUCCGGCUGGCGGUGAUUAUGUCGAGCUGCUCGAUGACCUGCACCGCGGCCUCGUGAUGCGGGUCUACCUGAUGGUCUGCAAAGCGGACCACCAUUGGACCGCGGGCGAGACCCAGCUUGGCGUCGAACUGGCGGAGCACCUCUGGGGCCGCCGCCUGCGCGGCGCCGAACUCAACGGCAUGCUUUCCCAUGCCGCCAGGAAGGUCGAAGAGCUGCCGUGGGAGACGCUCGUCCGGCCGUUCGCGAAGCUCGCCCCGUUACGCGACCGCGCGGCGGACCUCGAGACGCUCGUCGUCCGGCAGUCGAACAUCGUCGCCCGAAUCGACGGCGUCGUCGCGGCAAGCGAGCUGGCGGCGAUCAAGACGAUCACCAAGCAGCUCGAGAAGUGCUUGGCGACAUCUCAGCAUACUUCGAAAGAAAGUCCGGAAUCGCUGACACGGAUUGAGACGCCAAGCCCGCUGCCGGGGCCAUCCCCGACCGCGACGACGACCGCAAAGCCGCCGCCUAGCGACCGGUCGCUCGAAGACGUGAUGGCGGAGAUCGAUUCCCUGGUGGGGUUGCGUUCGGCGAAGCACGAGCUGCGAUCGCUGGCGAACUACAUCGCCUUGCAGCAGCGCCGCUCGGCGGCGGGACUUCCCGCGACCGAGAUCAGCCUACACCUGGUGUUCACCGGCAAUCCCGGCACCGGAAAGACGACGGUCGCCCGGCUCUUCGGCGAGGCGAUGCGGGCGAUGGGCGUCUUGCCGGCGGGGCAGCUGAUUGAAACCGACCGCUCGGGUCUCGUCGCCGAGUUCGCCGGGCAAACGGGCCCAAAGACCAACCGCAAGAUCGACGAAGCCCUCGGCGGCGUCUUGUUCAUCGACGAAGCCUACAGCCUCGCCGACGCCGAUUCGCCCGACGCCUACGGCCGCGAGGCGCUGCAGACGCUGCUCAAGCGGGCUGAGGACGACCGCGCGCAGCUUUCGGUCGUCCUCGCCGGUUACCCCGACGAGAUGACGCGGCUGCUAGAGACCAACCCGGGGCUGGCGUCGCGGUUCUCACGCACGCUGCACUUCGACGACUACGACCCGGUCGAGCUGUGCCAGAUCUUCGGCCGGCUGAUGGAUGUGCACCACUACCGCCUGACGCGCGACGCCCGCCGCCGGGUAGUUGAAGCGGUCCACGGGAUGCACUGCCAGCGCGACCGCCAGUUCGGCAACGGCCGAGCCGUUCGGAACCUCUUCGAGAAAGCGAUCCUAAGGAUGGCGAACCGCUUGGCGACCAUCGCCGAGCUAUCCGACGAGGGACUCGUCACCUUCGAAGCCGACGACAUCCCGUGGGACGCGGGGCUGGGUGAGCCGGUGGCUCAGGCGAGCGUUCGCGUCGCGUGCCCCUCCUGCGGGCUCACCAAGACGGCGGACGCCGGCGUCCUCGGCGCCGCGGUAAAGUGCCCGCAAUGCGGCUGCCGCUUCGAGGUCGAGUGGUGCGGACUCGCUGACGAUUAG